GCAUCUGUGUUGUUUUACUGGACACUUGUUCUUGGCGGUAGCCAUAUUGAUUUGCUCCUCCUUUUGUGUGUUCUAUCCAGUCAGGAUAGAAUAACGUUCAUUUGUUGUGACUGAUUUAUUGAUUGAACAAUUAUUGGUUGAAUAGCCGGGUGGUAAUAUUUGUUUAGAACCGCUAUUUACCCGAUUACUUGUUUUGAUUUCGACGGAAAGGGCGCGUGUCUAACGUACCUGGACGGUUAUUCUUCAACAUCCAAACCAUGGUUUGGAUUCUACAGUUCUGAACAAUUAUUACUUGGCCGAAAUCCUUUGGCAAUCGUUCGCGGAUUUUGGUUAUCGUUUCCGGAAAUAACUGGUCGUUUCGCUCAUAAUGCCAACUAAUCGUCGAAGGAAAUCAAGCUCAAAGUUCGUUAAUGUUAAUGAAGAAUUCCCCAUUACCAAGCAAGUGCCUUUUGAUGUCCUUAAGUGUCAUGGUUCAGACUCGAAUAGGUUUGGUUAUCAUGGUAGUGACUCUAGUCCUUAUUCGAUGACAGAUGACGUAAAAAUCUUAGUUUAAAGGAGAAGCAAAGGCUUGAAUUACCAGGAAAGAGCAUGUUGCCUAUAGCGCCUGUUGUUGGUCCAGAACUACCAAAGGUUGAAUUGAGUUAUUUCGAUGGACAGCCAAGAGGAUACUGGAAGUUUAUAAGGCAAUUUGAGACGUAUGUAGCAUCAAGAGUCACCGAUGAUAGCCAACGUUUGCUCUAUUUAAUGCACUAUUGUAAGGGCAAGGCGAAGACAGCUAUUGAGGGUUGUGUCAUGAUGGAAGCAUCCUCUGGUUAUAAGAGAGCAAGGGAAAUUCUAAAGCGUUUGUUCGGACAGUCUCAUGUAAUCGCUCGAGAAACAUUAGAAGACCUAUUCAAUGCUGUUAAUUUUGAUUGUACUGACGGGGAGCAACUAUCAAACUUGGCCAUUAAAAUGGAAAACUGUGCUAUGGUCUUAGAACAGAUGAAUUAUACCUCUGAUCUAAAUUCUUUAGUUACUUUGGAAAGAAUAGUAAGACUAUUACCUCAAGUUAUGCAAGCCCAGUGGGCGAACCGGGUGGAUGAAUUGACGGAAGAUAAUAGGGAACCGACUUUUGACGAGCUUACCCAAUUUAUAGCAUCCCGCGCGAGAGUCGCUAAUAGUAGGUUUGGACGGUUAGCGAAUCGUCCGAGAAAGGGACACAACUUAAAGACAAAUUGUCACUUGCAAUUGGAGCAGGAGAGUAACUCGAGAGCUAAAUGCAGGGUGUGUUCCCAGGACCAUGCUAUUUAUAAAUGUCCAAAAUUUUUAGCGCUUACCGUUCAAGAGAGAUGGUCUCAAGCAAAAGUUAAUGGCAUCUGUUUUGUCUGCCUUAGGCAAGAGCAUAAAGCUAAUGAAUGUAAGCUGGCAAAACGUUGUAACGUUAAUGGUUGUGAGAAGAAACAGCAUUCUUUGCUGCACAGCGAAAAUGAUAAACCUGAUAUCCCGAAUUGUUGUGGAUUUACUAAAUCCCUAAGUAGCCAAGUGUGCUUAGGAAUGAUUCCUGUACGGUUGAUGUUGGGAAAUGCCGAAAUGGUGGGUUAUGCUUUGUUGGAUAACGGGUCUGAUGUAACGUUGAUAAAAUCGAGCUGUUUGAGGUAUCUCGGGCUGAAGGAAGACGAGCGUCAGUGGUAGUAGAGACUGUGGGUGGUAAUAGGACAAUGACAGUCACAAAGACCCCUUUUGAGGUAUAUUCUCUAGAUCGGUCCGAACAUGUUACGAUUGAAGGAGCUCUGAUUGUGGCAGGUAUGCCAGGUCAUAAGCCAACAAGGUCGGCAGUGAACAACCUGGUUAAGUGGCCACAUUUAAGGGAUGUACCAAUAGAUAACCUAGACUCUGAAGAAGUUCUACUGUUGAUUGGUUGCAACGUACCAGAAGCACACUGGGUGUUAGACCAGCGGUUGGGUAGAAGAAAAGCCCGUACGCUGUGAAGACGUUGCUGGGGUGGGCGGUCUUCGGACCUGCGUCAUAUCCCGAAUAUAGGAAAAGAGUUGUCAGCCAUACCAGUAAGAUAAAGACUUUGGAGAACGAAAUACGUAAACUUUAUGAUGUAGAGUUUUCUGAUGUUUAUUCAAAUGAUAAGUCAGUAUCAAUAGAACAUAAGGCCGCUAUAAGGAAUGUGGAAGAGGGCACACGCUUCGAAAAUGGUCAUUUUGCAGUUCCUGUACUAUGGAAAGUGAACUCAAAUAUGAAAGGGAGGAAUUAUGAAGUGGCAAACAAUAGACUACAGAGCUUGAAGCGUAGAUUGUUGAAAGAUGACACUCUGUAUAUCAAGUAUACAAAGGGUAUUGAAAGUAAUUUUAUUAAGGGCUAUGCGGAGAAGAUCCCUGAAAUACAAUUGCAACCUAGUUAUCGCCACCGGUGGUACUUACCUCACCAUGCAGUUUUAAAUCCGAAAAAGACAGCGAACUUUGCCUUGAAUAAGACGGCCCAAAUAUUCUUUGACAGUUAUGAUGGUUAGGUUGUAGAUAAUGUCAAGAAUAAUUUCUAUGUUGAUGAUUGCUUGAUAUCCAUUCCCACUUGUGAUCAAGCAAAGAGUUUCGUUAAGCAUAUAAGUGAAUUAUUAUGUAGAGGAAGUGUACAGAAAAUGGCUGAUCUUGAAUAUUGGUUCAAAUGUCCUACUUUAUUGCAUGGCGAAUUUUAUAUAACAAUCACUGACUGUCCGGAACAUACUCCUGACGCUAUUG